GUUGCACACAAAAUUUAAGAAAAGAUGCAAGAGAAGAAAGUUACUAUUGCUCUUCUCAUGCUUGUUCUAGUUGCUGGCAUGGGGGUAACAACAACACUCAGUGAAAAUCAAGCAUGUGCCAGUGGGGAUGCUCAAGUGUUACUUGAACGUUGUUUUGCUUAUUUGCUAGGUGAAGUUCCAGAUGGACCACUUCCUUGGUGCUGUGAAGGAGUGUCAGCAGUGUUUCAACUCUCCAAAACCCCUCAACGCAGAAGAGAUGUUUGUCACUGUCUGAAACGGGACACAGCCGUUUUCCAUUUUGAUCCUGAAAAAUUGAAAAUGCUUCCUCAAGACUGCAAAAUUACCUCUCGAUUUUCUCUUGACCCAAGACAGAAUUGUAACUCGAUUCCAUGAUGCUUCAACUAAGAUGAUCAAUUGGAUGAAUAAAUUCAGGUAUAGAAAUAAAUGUGUGCAGAACAUAUAUAGGAUAUAUGAUCCGAAGAGCCAUGAAUUUUUAGUUCUCCAUCAAAACAAAUGCUGGACUAAUGUCUCUCUCUCUAUAUUAACUAAUGAAUAAAAAUCAAUUGUAUCAGAAUGGAUAGUCAUGUAUAUAUAAGCAGAUGAU